UUGAUCUCUCGGGCUUGCAUGUGCGGUCGAUGACUCCCGACUCGAUUGCGGAAGUUGCGCUGUGUUAUCUGCGCCACGUGACCGUCUCCUUCUUAUUCCGCCGGCUGUCCUCGUUCCCCCCCCCACCCCCCCCGGUUACAUUCCAACAACGACUUCUGCGACGGAGGAGCGCAUGGCUGUUUGUUUAUGAGACAUCUGGAGCCAUGGCGGCGUGGCAGCGCGUAACCGCCCUCUCUCCGCUGCUACGAGUCGGCUUGUGGUGGUGGUGGUUGUUGUUGUUGUUGUCGUCGUCGACGGCUCCGAGCAGUGGGAUCCCGCUGGACAAAUGCCUCGGCGACAAGUCCUGUCAGCCCGCGAGACCCCCCGUGGUUCUCGUUCCGGGGGAUCUGGGAAACCAGUUGGAGGCAAAGCUGGACAAACCCAGUGUGGUCCAUUACAUCUGCUACAAGAAGACCGACUCCUUCUUCACUCUGUGGCUCAACGUGGAGCUGCUGAUCCCACUGGCCAUAGACUGUUGGGUGGACAACAUCAGGCUGAUCUACAACAGGACCACACACAGCAGCUCGUCCCCGCCGGGUGUGGAAAUUCGCGUGCCAGGCUUUGGACAGACCUACUCGGUGGAGUAUCUGGACCCAAGCAAACGCAGUGUGGGCAUGUAUUUCUUCACAAUAGUGCAGGCAAUGGUCGGGUGGGGCUACACCAGAGAUGAUGACGUCAGAGGAGCUCCCUAUGAUUGGAGGAAAGCACCCAAUGAGAAUAAGGAGUACUUCUUGGCGCUGCAAAAGAUGAUUGAGGAUAUGGCACACAAGGCUGGGGGGCCCGUGGUGAUCAUCGCUCACAGCAUGGGGAACAUGUACACUCUGUACUUCCUCAACCAGCAGCCACAGGCCUGGAAGGACCGAUACAUCAAAGAUUUCAUUUCCCUAGGAGCGCCGUGGGCGGGCGUGGCCAAGACCCUCCGCGUGAUCAUCUCCGGUGAUAAUAACCGCAUCCCAGUGAUCAGCUCACUGAAGAUUCGCUCCCAGCAACGUUCCGCUGUCUCCACCACCUGGCUGAUCCCCCACGCCAACUCCUGGCCCAGAGAUAAGGUGUUUGUGCAGACACCCACCACCAACUACACCGUGCUGGACUUCAAGCAGCUCUACACGGACAUCGGCUUCGAGGACGGCUGGUGGAUGCGUCAGGACACGGAGCCACUGGUGGCCGACCUCACGCCGCCCGGCGUCUCCGUCCACUGCUUGUACGGCAGCGGCGUCGCCACGCCCGAGGCCUAUAGGUACUCGAAAGACUUCCCCGACGCGGAGCCCGCGGUGGUGCUGGGCGACGGCGACGGGACGGUCAACCUGUGGAGCGCCGUCCAGUGUCGGCGGUGGGCGGGGCGGCAGAAGCAGCCGGUGAAGCUGCUGGAGCUCCCGGCCAACGAACACGUGGACAUGCUGCUGAACAUCACCACCGUGGCUUACCUCAAGAAAGUGCUGUUCCCCCCGUGAUCUCCACAGCAACACACACACACACACACACGCAGGUGUAGACUCCUCUCUUCUGUCGCUCUUAAAACCAACUGCCAAAAUGUUGCCCUGUGCGUCUACGUUGUUUAGGAAUAAUUAUUGCAAUUGUGUGUUUUUUAAACCAUUUUAUAGCUGUAAUUUUACAAAUAUUGCAUUUUAGGUUGUUUUCCAUUUUGGGUAAGCCUGAAUACAAAGAUAUUUAUAUUGGUCUGAGCUUUUAAUUAACCCCCUGAAUUGACCUAUUCAGAGAUCUCAUGCUACAGGACGUGUGUUUGCAGAAGUCCAAAAGCAGGGAUGCAGUGUAUGAGCCACGUUCCUGACUAAUUAAUAAAAGUCAAUGUUGUGAACUGAUUUCUGGACACUGUUUACACUAAUGUUGUUACAGCAGAUACUGUUUUUAUGCCUUUCCCAGUGUAACUCUGUGUUGCAUGCGGUCAAGUUGCAAUUCAUUGAUGGUCCGAGGGCUUGGUUUGAGUUGUGUUGAGCAUUUUUACAUUUUAAAGUGGAUUUUAGUCACGUGAAUAAAUGGAUAAAGUCCA